CUUCAUAGUACCAUAUUAUCUUCCAACAAGUGUAACAUUUUUUGUUCAUCUCUUCACCAAAGAAAAAGAAUAAUAAAAAACAAUAACCAACAGAGACUGAUAUUCUCAGAUAGAACAUGAAAGGGGUGCUUACGCUUCAUCUAUGGAAUCCACCACCGCGCUUCCACACUCUCUCUCUUCCCUCUCUCUCCUCCCCCCUCCCUCUCUCAAUCUCCGCCUCCUCUUCCGGCACCCAACAACAAGACCUUCUCACUCCCAAAGAGAGAAGGCGCUUAAGAAACGAGCGAAGAGAGAGCAAGAACACAACCAAUUGGAGAGAAGAAGUAGAAGAUAAACUCAGUAAGAAGACUAAGAAGGAGAAGAAGUCAUGGAUGGAUGAACUCAACCUUGAUAAUCUCAUGAAAUUGGGUCCUCAAUGGUGGGUUGUACGCGUUUCGCAGCGUAAGGCUGAGUAUACUGCGGAAGCACUCGCUCGUUCGUUGGCCAAGUUUUUCCCUGAUACAGACUUUAAGGUAUAUGCUCCAGUUAUCCAUGAAAAAAAGAAAUUGAAGAAUGGUUCCAUCUCCGUAAAACCAAAGCCUCUUUUCGCGGGUUGUAUUUUUCUGAGAUGUGUAUUGAACAAACCAUUGCAUGACUUCAUAAAAGAGUAUGAUGGUGUUGGUGGCUUUAUUGGAUCCAAGGUUGGAAAUACAAAGAAAAUGAUUAAUAAACCAAGGCCAGUAUCUGAGGUUGAUAUGGAAUCAAUUUACAAACAGGCAAAAGUGGAGCAAGAAAAUGCUGACAAAGCAUUUGAGGAAGAGCAAAAGAAAACUGCUGUAAUCUCUGGGAAUCCGAAUUCAGAGAUAGACUCAGAUGUUUCAAAAGCUAUUGUUGAUUCUAAGCCUAUAAGAGGCUCUAGAAAAACAUCUAACCAACUCACAGUCACAGAAGAAACUUCAUCUGUUAAAAAAAACGUUAAACUUACCACAGGUUCCACUGUUCAAAUUAUAUCCGGAUCAUUUUCAGGUUUUGCAGGCACCCUCAAGAAGCUGAGCCGCAAAACCAAAAUGGCGACGGUGCAUUUGACCAUAUUCGGGAAAGAGAAUAUAGUAGACUUAGAUGUUAGUGAAAUUGCUCCAGAGACUAACUAAUGCCUGUAGGUUCUCUACCCUCCCUUGAUAGUAUGUUUCCUUUGAAAAUAAAACUUUGAAGAGCCGCCGCGCCUGCGCUUCUGUGUGCUCUUUUGGAUUUUUCCACUUGUUGAAAAAGUCACUUUUUAAAAGAAAAUUCAAUGCAUUAUUACCUAGUGCAUACAUGUAUAUUUUGAGUCAGUACUAGUGCUUAAUUCCCAAAAUUGAAAUUUGAGAUGUCUAUAUAGUGAGCCUAAAAUUUGAAGGGGGUUUGUUAUUAUGCUUUUGUUAAUUUACAUUUCAUGACAAUGUAGUGUUUAAGAGGAUUGGUUUUGCCAUCCAAAAAGACGUAACGGUGCAGUUUGUUGUCCGUUUACCUAAUAUUUUUACCUAAUAUUUUUGUAUAA